CCCAAAUUCUCCUUAUAUCAUCCUCAAUCUUCAAUUCCUUCUGUGGCUCAAAAAUCAGGCUGAUUCCGAUCACAAAAAUGAAUCUCGGUCACCAGGUGGCCGCUUUUAUGGUAGUUUUGGCCGGAAUUUUCACGAUUUCCGGCCACGCCCACCCGUCCCUCAACUUCAACCUCUCAGGCUCCGCCUGGUCCAGCUUCUACAACCUCUCCGGUUGUCACAAAGGGGAGCACGUCCCCGGCCUCACCGCCAUCAAACAGUACCUCCACACCUUCGGCUACAUCCCCCAGAAUCUGAAUUUCACCGACGAUUUCGAUGACUCUCUCGAAUCGGCGAUCAAAACCUACCAGCAAAACUUCAGGCUCAAUGCCACCGGCUCGCUUGAUUCCGGCACUGUCCGGCAGAUGAUGUCCCCGCGCUGUGGCGUCCCGGAUGUUGUCAAUGGCACGACGACGAUGAUGCGCUCCCGUGGCCUCUCCUCGGUGAUGCGGUACACUUUCUUUCCUGGAAAUCCUCGGUGGCCGGUCUGGAAACGAAAUUUGACGUAUGCGAUCAGGCCAGGGACGUUCUCGACCAGUGAUGAUACGGCGGCGCGCGCUGUGUUUGCGCGAGCCUUCGCUCGAUGGGCUGCUGCAACCACACUGUCAUUCACUGAGUCUACCUCUUACUCGACAGCUGAUAUACGGAUUGCUUUUUUUGGUGGUGAUCAUGGGGACGGGGAGCCGUUCGAUGGGGCGCUGGGGACACUGGCUCAUGCAUUCUCGCCGCCGGAUGGCCGGCUCCACCUCGACGCAGCGGAGUUGUGGGUUGUGAGCGGCAAUUCGAGAUUGGGGAUCGAUUUGGAGUCCGUGGCAGUGCAUGAAAUUGGCCAUGUCUUGGGGCUGGGGCACUCUUCCGACGAGGCGGCGAUCAUGUUCCCGACGAUCACGACAGGGACAAGGAGGGUGGAGCUGGCCACCGACGAUAUCAUGGGGAUUCAGGAGCUGUAUGGAGCGAAUUCAAACGCCGGAAGCACCGCUUCGUCUCCGGUGACGCAGGAGAACGAGCAGAAUGGUGCGGGGAACAAGCAGAAUGGUGCGGGUGGCUCGAGCCUGGGCUCAGUGUGGGCUCGGGCAGGUGGGCUUGUUCUUGGCGCGUUAUUAUUGAUCUCGUAAAUAAGUCUUCGUUUUGGUGUACACACAUUUGAUUAUUUUUCAUUUAUUUAAAAUUUUUUCUCUCGUUCAUUUGAAA